AUGAGAGCUAGUCCUUCAAUCAUUCGUUUCAUAUCCAUUCUUUCAGCAUUGCUUAUUCCCACAUUUGCUGAAAAGAAGUCUUAUGUAGUGUACCUGGGAUCUCAUUCACGUGAUUCAGAAAUAGAAGUCUCAGCUGUUGAAUAUGAGAGAGUAAGAAAUUCCCAUUUUACGCUCCUCGGAUCAUUCUUAGGGAGUGAGGAAAAGGCCCAAGAAUCGAUUUUCUACUCUUAUACAAGACAUAUCAACGGCUUUGCUGCAGUACUUGAUGAGGCAGAAGUUGAUCAGAUAUCUAAACAUCCGGAUGUCAUAUCUGUGUUCUUGAACCGACCAAAGAAAUUACACACGACCAGGUCAUGGGAGUUUAUGGGGCUAGAGCACGAUGGCCAAAUCCAGCCAUCAUGGACCGAGGCAAGAUUUGGUGAGGACGCCAUUAUUGCCAACCUUGACACUGGUGUCUGGCCAGAAUCGAAAAGCUUCAGCGAUGAAGGGUUUGGGCCAAUUCCACCCAGGUGGAAAGGAAUUUGUCAAAAUGGUCAAGACCCAACCUUCAAAUGCAACAGGAAACUCAUUGGAGCAAGAUUCUUCAACAAAGGAUAUUUUGCUGCUGUUGGAGGUACCGUAAAUUCAAGUAUUUUUGACUCACCGAGGGACACUGAAGGCCAUGGAUCCCAUACAUUAUCAACAGCCGGUGGUAAUUUUGUACCUGGAGCAAGUUUAUUUGGAUUAGGAAAUGGAACAGCAAAAGGUGGAUCACCAAAAGCACGAGUCGCAGCUUACAAGGUUUGCGGGCCAAUGACAUUCGAGGGCUCAUGCUACGACGCAGAUAUUUUGGCGGGCUUUGAUAUGGCUAUCUCCGAUGGUGUUGAUGUGAUUUCAGUAUCACUUGGAGGACGACCUCAACCCUAUGAAGAAGAUAGUAUUGCAAUUGGCUCAUUUCAUGCUGUUAAGCAUGGCAUUGUAGUGGUCUGCUCAGCGGGUAACGCGGGACCUGAUCUUGCUACUGUUUCCAAUGUUGCACCCUGGCUGAUAACAGUUGGGGCAAGCACCAUGGAUCGAAAGCUUGCUACUUUUCUAAAUCUCGGCAACAACAUAAGCCUCGUUGGAGCGAGCUAUUCAGAUAAAAGAUUGCCAAACAACACCUUCUUUCCCAUUGUUACUGCUGCGUCUGUUAAAGCUACCAAUGCAUCAGAUUCUAAUGCCACCUUUUGUAUGGCAGGAUGCCUGGAUCCCAUUAAAGCAAAGGGCAAGAUCGUGGUCUGCCUGACAGGGGAAAAUGGUAUAGUGGAGAAGGGAAUAAAUGCUGCUUCGGCUGGUGCUGUAGGAAUGGUUCUUGCCAAUGAUGUAUCUGAUGGGAACGAGAUAUCUAGUGAUGCUCAUGUGCUUCCUGCUGUACAAAUUCGUUACACUGACGGAGCUGCUGUUUUUGCCUAUAUCAAUUCUACAGUAAACAACUCAUUCACAGAGCACGCAUUCUCCUCUCCCUUUUUGUUUCUGAAUAUUCAAUGCUUUAGCAGGAAUCCUACGGCUUAUAUUUCACCUCCAUCGACUCUACUGGGCAUAAAGCCAGCUCCAGUCAUGGCACCAUUUUCAUCAAGGGGACCUAACACUGUGACACCAGAGAUUCUCAAGGUUAUUAUAUCAAAGCUAGGUUGCUUUUUUUUUUUCUUGGUUUAUCUAGUAUACUACUUUUUUGGCUCCCUGAUAUCGCUAUCCUAUAUGACCUAUUUUCAGCCUGAUAUCACUGCGCCAGGAGUAGAUGUGAUAGCUGCUUACUCUGAAGCACAGGGGCCAACAGGUGAAAGUUUUGAUAAACGCCGAACCCCCUACUUCGUUGAUUCAGGCACUUCAAUGUCCUGCCCUCAUGUUUCUGGCAUUGCCGGCCUUCUCAAGACUCUCCAUCCGGACUGGAGCCCUGCAGCAAUCAGAUCUGCAAUCAUGACCAGUGCAAGAACUAGGGAUAAUGCUGUAGAGCGAAUUACAGAUGAUGGUCAUAUAAAAGCAACACCAUUUGCCUACGGAGCAGGACAUGUUCAUCCAUCCCAGGCUAUGGAUCCUGGACUGAUUUAUGAUCUAACAAACCAAGAUUACCUGACCUUUUUAUGUUCACUAGGCUAUAAUGAAACCAACAUUUUGUUGUUUACACAUGAAACUUUUACGUGCCCCAAGCCAAUUAGUCUCGUCAACUUGAAUUACCCCUCAAUAGCAGUUCCAAAACUGAAUGGUUCAAUCACAGUGACUAGAACUGUAAAAAAUGUUGGCUCCUCCCCCGCUACCUACACUGCCCUCGUUGUCAACCCUCCAGGGUUGUCUGUGGAUGUACAACCAAAAACACUUGCUUUUGCAACGAUUGGUGAUCAGAAAAGCUUCAAUGUCACAAUUACAGCUACAAAAGCUGGUGCAAAUAGAGAUUAUGUGUUUGGGAUGUUGACAUGGUCAGAUGGGAAGCACUAUGUGAGAAGUCAAAUUGCUGUUAAGGCAUCAGACUAACCAGAUGGGAAGCACUAUGAUCAAAUUGCUGUUCUCCAUGAUUGACUUGUAAUAUCUUGAUAUAAAAAUUGUCUGUAAAUUGUAAGACGUGAAGAAAUUGCAGUUCCCAGUUAAGUUGCAUUUUCUUACUAGAUCCUCACUUACAGUUCAAAUCAGGAAAAAAUUGUCGAUUUCUCUCCACAAUGAAACGAAGAUCACUAAUAAUAAAAGUUACAAUAUUGUUAGCUCAUUGACAGUGGAAGCUAACCACUAAAACCACCAUGCUAAGCCACAGAAUCUGCGUAGCAAGUGAAUGUGGGUAUAUCUCAUACUAUCUACUAUUACUGUUUACCGUCCAAAAAUCACAAACUUGAGGUCAAUUUGAAGAGUCAUGACAAGGUUUACUGGCAACGCAUGGGGGCAAAGGAAAAAGAAAUUCAGAAUAAUGUUGGUACCAGAAAAAAAAAAAAAAAAAAGAGCAGGCCUUUGCACAAAGUUCAGUCAUUACUGAAAGAUUCUUAGGAUGAAAAGUCAGUCACUUGAAGAGUAAAGGAGAGGAACUCAAACAUUCAACGUUGCCAACAAACCUAAAGUGAAUGAGCAAAGACCAACUUAAGUUUGGAAAGUAAAUCACAGAACAAUUCAGGAGGAUGUGCAAUAGGACAUGUAGAAGGAAUUUGCAAUGGUUCAGGAUCUUGCAUAACAUCAUCCUCUCGUUAAAUUCAAGCUCUAAACCGACACUAGGUACCUUUUCUCAAAUACAAGAGGAGACUUGACUAAUUGCAAAUCUUGCAGAACAACUCUUGAAUUGUAACUUUGAUCAACCUCACAAACUUGUUCUGCAAUUAGUCCAUCAAAGAG